UGUAUAGUGGCCUGUGUAAACGAAACAAGCGAUUUCAGGUACGAGGUAGUCAGCGUGUAAAUCGAUUGCGAACACACAGAGAUAGCUAACAGAAAACGUCGAUAAAACCCACGAGAAACCAACACAUCACUGCAUUAUAUUUCCAGACUAAGAGAAGAGAGUUCUGGUUAAUAUGACGGCAUUUUUGCCUCCGAAUUUACUGGCUUUAUUUGCCGCAAGAGACCCUAUUCCAUACCUGCCGCCUAAUGACAAGCUUGGAUUUGAGAAAAAAAGGAAUGGUUAUGGUGGAGUAGCACAAUAUCUCAAGGAGUUUGAGGAUCCAAAAGACACACCCCCUCCGACAAGAGUUGAAACAAAAGAUGAACGCAAGGAGAGAAAGAGGAAGGAGAGAGCUGAGCAGAUUGCCUAUAAGUUGGAGCAGGAUUUGGCCCUUUGGGACCCACAUGCAGCGAACCCAUCUACAGAUCCAUACAAGACACUGUUCGUAGCUAGAAUUAACUAUGACACAAGCGAGUCCAAGAUCAGAAGAGAGUUUGAGGUAUACGGCCCUAUCAGAAAAAUAAAGCUGGCCAGUGACAAAAUAUCAGAAUCUGGAAAACCAAGAGGCUAUGCCUUCAUUGAGUACGAGCAUGAGCGUGAUAUGCACUCUGCGUACAAGCAUGCAGACGGUAAGAAGAUUGAUGGACGCCGUGUGCUUGUUGACGUGGAGCGAGGUCGUACAGUGAAAGGAUGGAGACCUCGUAGACUUGGUGGCGGGCUUGGAGGCACAAGGAAGGGAGGCCCUGAGGAAAACACACGGUACUCUGGCCGUGAUGACUACACUAGGGGCGAGUAUCGUGACCGAGAUCGUGACAGGGAACGGCCCGAGAGAGGGGAGCGGGAACCAGAACCGGAGUCUCGAGAACGUGAUAGGCCAGAGAGGAAGAGGAGGUCAAGGUCACCGAAGUCACGUGACCGUGAUCGGGAACGUCGUAGGAGAAGUAGGAGUAGGGAUAAGAAACGUGAAAAAGAUGGAGAGCCAGUGGAAGAAGAAAAAGAAAAAGAAAAGGAUAAAGACAAGGAAAAGGACCGCGACAGGAAGAAGCGAUCACGACGAAGCCGAUCACGUGACCGCAAGAAGAGGAGCAGGUCACGUGACCGCGAACGUAAACGCAAAAGGUCAAGGAGCGGGGAGAGGAAACCGAAAUCCGAAGGAGACCAGAAGGACCAGCCCUCGGAUGAAGUCGGGGUGAAGGUGGAGAUGGAGGGGGGUGAUGAGGGCUAUGGAGGAGGGUAUGAGAAUGGAGAAAAGAAGCAGGCCGAAUACACAGAGGAGGAGGGCCAAUAUGAGGAGGAGGGGGCCACGGAUUAGGGGUCGUCAUUGUGAUUGUCGUAGUGUGGGGUAAUGCCCAGUGUUAGGACUCAGAACAUCAAUACACUGAUCGGAAAUAUCCAAUUAUGUUGCUAAAGUUGGUAACCAUCAUUCUAAAAUACGAAAAUACUCGGCGAAAAAAUCAGAAUUAUCAACAAACUGAAAUUGUGUCUGCAUUUUAAAUAUAAGUUACUGACUACAGACAUUAACAUACUGAAGUACAGGUUGAAAGCACCAUUUGAAAGACUUAAUACAGCAAUAAAUGAGAAAUUUAUUUCCAAUUCAUUUGUGUCGCUAUUUAAAUCUACAUGUUGAUUGAGUACUUAGUAAAACUAAUAGCAGCGUGAUAGACACAUGAACAAAUGGAUAUCACUGGAAAGUUUUGCGAAUAAACAGUUCAUGGUUAUUAACGCUAUCUAUAACGUAAUCAUUUUAGUGUGGUCGUACAAGGCCAUCAACCUUAUGAGCAUCUGUGUUCUGUUUAUUUCACCAUUUAAUUUAUUUGUGCUAGAAAAUCACAAAAUCUUAAAGGGACUUGUACACGUUUUUAUAUUGGCAACGAUUUUAAAGUUUGUUGAAAUCAGGUUAUUUUAUGUAUUUUCAAGAACAAACACCAAACAGCAGCUGGCAUAUGCUUAUUUGAACACAAUUUUGUGAAUCCAAGACUAAAAUAGUUGAAUUUUUAAUGACAUUACCUGGCAAAAAAGUAUUUUGGCUCACGGUUUGAAGUAAUUAUCUACAAUUCAUUGAAAUAAGCAUUGUUUUCACAUUUUAAACAAAAUUAGUUUUUAUUGUCUGACGCUAUAAAACAUGAAGGGUCCCUUUGAUAUUUUUCUGUUCAAGAUGUAUUCAUCUCAGUGUUCAGUGUAAAAUUGGUAUUUCAAUUGAUUGUUUUUCAGUAGACUCAAACAGAACAAUAAUGUUUCUUAGUUUGUUUAUAAACAUGCUUUAUCAUUUGCUACACAUGUUCAUAUUGUGCUGCAUAUUCCAAACAAGUCGUGGGUUAGAACAAUCAUGUUUCAUAUUUUGAUUAUAUAUAUGAUAUAUUAUUUGCUACAUGUGUAAAUAUUGUGCUGAAAAAUUCAAACAAGUCGUGGGUUUUAUUGACGUCACGUUUCAUUGACAGCAAAGUAGGAAAUUGUCUCCUUUAUUGUGACUGAUUAUGUAAAUUUUCUAUGGGGCCUAAAAAAAAAAUACAUUUGGUUCGGGUUACCCGACCCUACCUACGGAAUAGGCGCCGACCCUAACUUUUUUAUAGUCAGUUUGAAAAAAAAAUGAAAAACUAAAAAAAAAAAAAAAAAAAUUUUUUUCCUUGUUUUUUUUUUGCUUUUCAAUAUGUAGUUUAAAACCGUAAUUGCUUAUAUAGAAGAUAACUUUAACACCAUUCUCCAAUGAUGAAAAUGACAUUCUUAUAUAAAGCCUAAUAAAAAAAAAAAUAAAAAAAAAUAGAAAGCCUACCUACCCUACCUAUUUUUGAAAAGGAUGUAACCCUAACCAAACGAUUUUUUUUUUAGGCCUUGACUUAAAUUUGAGAGUUGUAAUAUUUGAUAGAACAGAAAAUUUAUUUACCAGAAGAUCAUAGAACCAUGUGGCCGAAUUUUGAUAUCUUUGUCUGCUGACCAUAUGGGUUCUAAAGUUUCAGGAUUAUCUUGAAAUCAGGAUUGAGAUCUUUUAACUUCAGGCUAUUGUACAGUUGUAACGGUUGUAUUUGCUCGGACAUAUGCAUCAAAAACAAAAGGAGUAUCUUGAAAUUACUUUGGGAAUGGUUACAAAAUGGGUCUAUGUCACUUAACCCUGUUUUGGGCAUGAACCAUCAUUCUCACACAGACCUCCAGCUAUUUUUCAGGAUUGGCAAUUAUCACCUGUAAGAACCUUUGUUACCAUAUAUGAACAAAUGAUGAAGAUUAAUUGCAUACCUUGUCAUUUCAAAAUUCUUAAAAUCAAGCAUUUCUGUACUUUUUUUCGGAAUCCAAUCAGUUAAAAUAAACAUUGUUUAGAGCUUGAUUAUUUUACAACACUUGCAAAAUAUGUUUUGACAACAUUAACAAUAAGCACCAUCCAUAGCCUUUAAAAAAAGGGAAGUAAUUGAGAUUCAGAAAACACAAAUGCUUCGUUCCACUACUAUCCCUGGUUCACAUCCAGACAUGACUAACUGAGCUUUUAUCAUCAUCUAUCAUCUUGCCAUGUUUCAACAACUAUUUAUCACCAUUAUGAACAUCUUGCUGUGCAAUGUUGUCCAAUUUUCUGUUCAUCGUUACUCUAGUACAAUAACGUAAUAAUUGCUUAUAAAUAAGAAUGGGAGCAGAUAUUGAGUUCUUGUAUUAAGGUGACGUCAUGUUACUUUAGGACGUGUGUAAUAAAGUGAAGAAAAAAGAUA